GCACCGAUCGCACUUAACAACAAGACGUAUAUACGCGUCGGUGUGGAUCUUAAUGGAAGCCGUUGGUAUUUUUGAGAAGCCGGGUAUCUCUGCCCAGUGAAGGGAGACCAACCCCCCCCCCCCCCCCCGCCAGCCCGCCACCUCCUCCUCCUCCUCAAUUGUGUCCUGCGCCAAGAACCGUAAAGACAUGGUCAGCACACGGCUUCUGUGAUGAACAUCAAGCAGUGAGUGUGCGAUUCUUUCCAGAGGAUGGCCCUGAUCCGCGGGGCUCAGUGUUGAGCGAGGUACGCAGAGCCGCCCGGUGCGCCGACAUGUCGCACCACCAAUACUACCAGAGAGGCGUCCACGGCCGCACCUUGAGCACAGAGGAGAGGAGCUCCCCGCCGGUUCUCAAGGCCUCCACGCCGGUUCACAAGAGCGCCUCCUCCUCCUCCUCUUCCCAGCGCGACAGUCGGCAGGAGGCAGACAGCUGGGAAAUCAUCGAGGGGCUGAAAAUCGGCCAAAGCAACGUGCAGAGGCCCGACAAACACGAGGGUUUUAUGUUGAAGAAGCGGAAGUGGCCCCUGAAAGGUUGGCACAAGCGUUUUUUUGUCCUGGACAAUGGUAUCCUGAAGUACUCCAAGUCCCCCAUUGAUAUCCAAAAGGGCAAACUGCACGGCAGCAUCGACGUCGGCCUCUCCGUCAUGUCCAUCAAGAAGAGAGCGCGUCGCAUCGACCUGGACACCGAGGAGCAUAUCUAUCACCUGAAGGUCAAAUCUCAAGACAUCUUCGACGCCUGGGUGUCCAAGUUGCGUCACCACCGGCUUUACCGGCAGAACGAGAUCGUGCGAUCUCCCCGGGAGGCCACCAUGCGGACGUUUCCUCCCCCGGCCGCCAAGGAGUCCCCGAAACCUGCUCCCAGCGCGGCCCGUGAAGCCAAGGCCGCGCCCAGCACGUUGCCGUGGCAGCCGGCGGCGCCCAGCAGCAGCAGCAGCCUGCCCGCCUCCUACAGCAACGGCCAGAGCAAGGUGGUUGCCUGGCUGCAGGAAUCGGAGGAGAUGGACAAGUGCGCAGAGGAGCUCGCUCGAUGUCAGUCCAAUCUGACUGAGCUGAGCCGGCUAUUGCAGAGUUUGGAGAUUCUACAAAGGACACAGUCAGCGCCCAACUUUACAGAUAUGCAGACCAAUUGUGUAGAAAUGUCAAAGAAAGAAAAGCGGUUGAACAGAAGAUGGAGAACAAAAAGUGUCGGCAAAGAUGCAAAAUUCCAGCUUCAGGUCCCCCUGUCUGCUAGCAUGUCCCCCGUCCGUCUCCACUCAUCCAACCCCAACCUGUGCGCCGAGCUGGCAGACUUUCAACCCCCCGCCUCCCGGCUGACUGACAGCGCCGAGUGUGCCAGUGACUACAUCAAACUCCAGGAGGAGUUCUGCACAAUUGCACAGAAAGUCCACUCCCUGCUGAAGUCGUCCUUCAACACAGUAGCCAUAGAGAAGGAAAAGAUCAAACAGAUUCUGUCUGACCAGGAGCAGUCGGACCAAUCGGCCCAGAUCAACUCCCUCCGGAAGUCUCUGUCGCAGGCCCUGACCCAAAAUGCGGAACUUCGAACUCGACUCAACCGCAUCCACUCUGAAUCUGUCCUGACCGAACAAGUUGUCAGCGUGAAUGUCAUCUCCACGCCUGAGGCUGGAGAACAGAUGGGGAUCCCUCUGACUCAGCAUGCCUCUAAUGAGAGCCGACUGUCCAUGUCGGAGUCCGUCUCCGAGUUCUUUGAUGCCCAGGAAGUGCUUCUGUCAGCCAGCUCAUCAGAGAAUGAGGGCUCAGACGAUGAGUCAUACGUCAGCGAUGUGAGCGAUAACAUUUCAGAGGACAACGCCAGUGUGACCGAUAACGUCUCCAGACAAAUGGCCAACGGCGACUUCGCCGGCAGCGCCUUCCGCAACGGGCGGCGGAGCUGCCUGCCGGCGCCGUGCCCCGACACCAGCAACAUCAACCUGUGGAACAUCUUGAGGAACAACAUCGGCAAGGACCUGUCCAAAGUGUCCAUGCCCGUGGAGCUCAACGAGCCCCUCAACACCUUGCAGCGCAUGUGCGAGGAGCUGGAGUACAGCGAGCUGCUGGACAAGGCCGCCGAGACCGAGGACCCCUUGGAGCGCAUGGUUGUCGUCGCCGCUUUCGCCGUCUCCGGCUACUCGUCCACUUACUACAGAGCAGGAAGUAAGCCAUUCAACCCGCUCCUCGGAGAGAGCUACGAAUGUAUCCGGGAAGACAAGGGCUUUUGUUUUUUCUCCGAACAGGUGAGCCACCAUCCUCCCAUCUCCGCCUGCCACUGUGAGUCAAAGAACUUCACCUUCUGGCAAGAUGUGAGAUGGAAAAACAAGUUCUGGGGAAAAUCCAUGGAGGUAUUACCAAUCGGGACUGUGAAUCUCAUGAUUCCCAGGUUUGGAGACCAAUACGAAUGGAACAAAGUCACCACCUGUGUGCACAACAUCCUCAGUGGACAGCGGUGGAUCGAACACUACGGGGAGAUCACCAUCAGAAACACAAAGAGCAGCGCCUGCCUCUGCAAACUUACAUUCGUCAAGGGGAAUUACUGGAGCUCCAACGUGAACGAGGUGCAGGGAUUCGUGAUGGAUCAGGAAGGCAAAGUGGUCCACAGGCUUUUUGGGAAAUGGCACGAGGGUCUUUACUGUGGGGUCCCACCCUCUGCCAAAUGCAUCUGGAGGCCUGGCUCCAUGCCCACAGAUUACGAGCUGUACUACGGCUUCACCAGGUUCGCCAUUGAAUUGAACGAGCUUUGCCCCGAGUUGAAGGACGUUCUGCCCCGAACAGACGCCCGAUUCAGGCCUGAUCAAAGGCAUCUGGAGGAGGGGAACUUGGAGAUGGCGUCCUCGGAGAAGCAGCGCAUCGAGGACCUGCAGAGAGUCCGCAGAAAGUGCAACGAUGAGAACAACGUCAAACUGGAACCCCGCUUCUUCAAGAAAGUGGUCGACGGCAACCACAGGGAGAGGUGGGUCUCCAACAACACGUACUGGGAGCUUCGCAAAAACCCCGGCUUCAUCAAUAUGGAACCCACUAUGAACCUGUGGUAGCACGCCGACGCGCCCGCGUCCAUCGUACCUUCAUCGUCGCCUACGCACAAAAAGGUCCGAGCGCGAGGCCCGAGGGGGGCUCGGCCUGAUCGGGGUCCCGUGGCUCCGCCUCAUCCGUCCAUGGAAACAUCACGUAGGGUCACCUCCAUUGUGAUCGUGGGAAGUCGGGUCGCCAGGGCAACAAUCACAUCCCUCCCGUGUAGAUCUUUCCUCAGCUCCUUUUUGACUCCUGAGUAUGUCCUUGCCUUAAAAAGACACCCCGUGCAAGUCACAUGAUUUAACGCUUUUUACGUUGAAGCCGUUCGAUUUGAGCCACGGUUUGGGUUAGACUAGUCCACGAAGAAGACCUUUCGAUUACCUACGGUACCUAUUUGCAUGUUUAAAGAGCAGCUUUCACUGGCAUAUUUAGUAUAUCAUCAAUCAUUAUAGAAAAUAAGGUAUUUUUAUAAAAUAUCUUGGACUCAGAAUUGAAAUGGCGUUAUGUGAAUUGGCAGAUUUUUAUUUAUUUAUGUUUUUUUAAUACUGUUGAAUUUGUGUGAUGGCAGUACUCUCUCUCGGGAACCAACUCAUUCAAAAUGAAUCUCUACUGCAGCAGAGUCAGUGUGGCGCCCACAGAUGGAAUUUUUAAUUAAUAUUUUCAAACAGCGUCUCGAAGCAGAUCGUGUUUGUUGAGGGAGAAGAAGCUAUUAAGAUCCUAUCGCAGCAUUUUGGACAUUUCCAAAAUGACUUCUUUUUGAAACAGUCGGCACAGAUUCUCUGUAAACAGAGGGUCAACCUCACCAGCACACCCCUACUCCAACGUCUAAUUUUAAACAUUGUUCCGGUGAAACCACAUCGUCUGAAUCACAUGGUUACAUAAAUACACACGUAACUCCCUCCGUGUGUAGUGGACUCCGGAACAUAAAACACUCAUUGAAAUCAAAGGUCUGGGAGAGGAUGCGUGUGGUAGGUCGUUCAGAUUGUGAAACCCGGAGAGACAAUUGGGGCUUUAAAAAAUAGACGUGAGAGUGAAACAGGAGGAAAUCAGUCCUCUAUUUCCAGGAUGAGGCUGAACACUCUUCUACAUUUUUUAUUUUUAUUUAUUUAUAGUAAUAAUGGAGCUAAUGUAAAAUGUCCAUCAAGGCGCACUGAAACGUUAUUUUUAAUCUAAAUUCUUGCUAUAAUGUACAACUCAAAAUGUAAAAUGAGAUGAAACAAAAACCAAGAACUUUUACCAGCAAGCGUUUGGUAUUUGUGGUGAUUCAUCUUCUGCUCUCUAAUCAGCCACCGUUUUCUGUUGAAUAAUAAAUGAAUCAUCUAAUUAUGUCAGCAAAUCCAAAACACAUUCAUCAGAAAGUAGAUAUUCCAACGUAAAAACCACCAGAGCCACCUACUGGUCGCGCUGGGAACGUGCUGCAUCAGUAUUGUAAAAAAAAAUAGAAUUAUUUCUUUAAACGUCUUUGAUGUUUGAAGCUAAAUAAAGUUCAUAAAGUAACAGUUUUUACUGUUCUAGAAUCCAAAUGUGUGUGAUUUCCCCAGAGACGGUACUGCGCCAUUCCGGGCUUCCACGCAGCGUCAGUCCGCUAUUUAACGUUUGUGUAUUUAUUGCAAAGCAGAUUGGAUUAGCGACAUGGAAUCAACCCCCAAACGGAAGCAGAAAAGAGAAAAUAUUAGUGUUUUAGAAGGAAAACUACGUGGAGCAAAUCCCUCCUGUGUGCACUGUUCAAAUGGUUCUGUAGAUAACAAACAAGUCCCUUUUCUUUUUUUCUUUUUUCAAUGUACUUAUCGAGUUCUUUUUGAUCCCAGACCAUUAACUUAAAGCUAGAACUUUUGUCAGUUUCACUUGCUGUGCCUUAAUGCAUUUAUUAAUGCCUCACAACCCCCCCCCCACCCCCCCCCCCCCCCCGCGCGCAGAGAAGGUAUGCCAUAAACGAACGGCCCACGCCAGCCGCCUCCUCCUGACGACGCGUCGCACUGGAAGUGACUGAACGGCUCGUCUUUGACUGUAAAAAGCUUGCGGAUUGGUUCUCACUGUAAAUACAGCACAUUAAGAAGAUGGGGCCACGACUUAAAAAGCCGAUUCCUUUCCCCCCCCCCCCCCCCCCCCUCUGACAUCAGUGACGUGUUUUUUUUAUUAUUUAUUUUUUUAACAAGACUGAAUCCCAGCAGGUGUGUGAAGCGGUGGCGGCGAUGCUUUGCGUAGCGUUUGGUAUCAUAGAGUCUGAUUUGAAAUGAAAAAAAAAAAAAAAAUGAAAAAAAUCAUGGAUACUUCUUCGCGCUUUCUUCAUCUACUGUUGCACCUGCAUGUCUAGGCAACCUAGCCUGCCAAUCAAUAUUGCAGAUGCCUUACCAAAAAAAAGAAAAGAAAAAGAAAAUAGGUUUUGUGUUUGUUUAAUUGGACUUUUUCUGUUGCUUUGGACUGACGUGUAUCCCAAAGCACCGUGUCGGCUCCUUUCGUUCAAAUCGUUUUAUGAUGGGGUACCUUCUAAAGUGCAAUUUUAACAAAGUACAUAUCUUUCCAUGAACACUGUACACUGCUGCUACAUAGUGCUUGUUCUAAUAAAACUGUAAAACU